AUGGGCAUUGGGCGCCCAGCAGCGGGCACCUCGGAUUGGGAACAUGUCAUCCUGGAACAAAACCGCACGCUAGCGGUGUACCGGGAUGAGAUAUCCGCGUUUCGUGCCGAAGUCUCGCGACUGAGCCUUUCCGCAUCUACCAACGCCACGCCCCCGGCCCUCGCGUCACCACCGCUGACCUCCCCAGCGCAUGUUCAGCCGACACCAGCUGCGCACAUUCCAGCGCCGGCUGUUCACACACGAUGCAAGGGCUUCAUGUUACAAUGUGCGCUGUUCUUCGAGAGUCACCCAGAGAUGCCUGAGGUCCGUAAGUUGACCCAUUUUAUGGAAUCACUCUCCGGAACAGCCUUGGCGUGGGCCACGGCUGAGUGGGAGCGAGGAGGUGGUGUCAGACCCUCAUUAGAUGACUUCCUUGCCCGGUUCCAACGCCCCUUUGAUCAUUCUCCUGAUGGCUGGGAGACUGGUGAUGAGCUCAUGCAACUCAAACAGGGCUCUUGUACUGCAAGAGAGUAUGCGCUAGAGUUUCGCACUAUCGCUGCCCGAAGUGGCUGGAACGAACCAGCCCUUAAGACCGCGUUCCGCCGUGGCCUCGAUCCGGAGUUACUGCAUGAGUUGGCCUGUCGGGGUGAACAGCUAACUUUUGAUGACCUCGUGGAUCUGACCAUAAGGCUGGAUCGUCUGCGCCGUACCAACCGUCCCAUACCGCACGGUUUACUGCCAGCUGAGCCGGGCGCAGCAAGCGAACCCAUGCAGCUCGGAGGGGCACGGUCCCGCGAGGAGGAGAGGGAGAGAAGACGCGAUGAGUUCUGGUGCUUCUACUGCGGUGAGGACACCCACGUCGUCCGCCAAUGCCCGCACAGGAGGCGCCGAGGGAACGGGAGGCGCACUGACAAUCCACCUUGUCAUGCCCGGGUGAGUCCUAACCAGUCUUCACUCAUCGACUCCGGAGCAGCGGAGAACUUCAUAGAUGAGAAGACGACGCCGGAGCUCGGCCUUUCCAUACGUCCCCUCCUCCGUCCUCGGGCCCCACGGUCCCUUUGGCCACUCACUGUGGAGAGUCCCCUGUCGCCUGCCUCAGUUAAAAUUCCCCCCGAGUACCAUGACCUCCAUGAGGUGUUCAGCAAGGAGAGGGCCAGUUGUCUCCCACCUCACAGGCCCUACGACUGUGCCAUUGACCUCCUCCCCGGGGCCAGCCUACCUUGGGGCCGUGUUUACCCGCUCUCCCAAGCGGAGCAGCAGGCCAUGGAGGAGUACAUUCAGGAGGCUCUCCGGCAGGGGUACAUCCGACCGUCCACAUCCCCUGUGUCUGCCGGGUUCUUCUUUGUGGAGAAGAAAGGAGGGGGCCUCCGACCAUGCAUUGAUUAUUGGGCCCUUAACCAAGUGAUCGUUAAGUACCGAUAUCUGCUGCCUCUCGUCACCUCAGCCUUGGAACAGUUACGGUCCGCCACCCUCUUCACUAAGCUGGACCUCCGCAGCGCUUAUAACUUAAUUCGUAUUAGGGAGGGGGACGAGUGGAAAACUGCCUUCAGCACCACCUCUGGACAUUAUGAGUACCUGGUCAUGCCGUAUGGGCUCACUAACGCCCCCUCUGUGUUCCAGAACCUGAUCAACGACGCUCUGAGGGACAUGCUAGGAAGGUAUGUCAUCGCCUACAUAGAUGACAUCCUGAUUUAUUCGACCUCCCUGGAGGAACAUGUCCAGCAUGUCCGGCACGUACUGCAACGCCUCCUGCAGUACCAGCUGUACGUAAAGGCCGAGAAGUGCGAAUUCCACCAGCACACAAUCUCUUUCUUGGGGUAUGUCAUUAGCCCAAGGGGGGUCGCCAUGGACCAGCGUAAGAUUCAGGCGGUCGUGGAGUGGCCCACUCCGCGAACCGUCAGGGAGUUGCAGCGUUUCCUUGGCUUUGCAAAUUUUUACCGAAGAUUCAUUAGAGACUUCAGUAAAGUAGCGCAACCCCUGACGUCGCUCCUGAGAGGUAAGCCCAGGCGACUGCUGUGGACCCCAGUUGCCCAGGAGGCUCUGGAGAGACUUAAGCGGGCUUUCACCACGGCUCCACAUUCUGGACGCAGGCCUGCGUAAGGACUUCCAUGCGGCUCAUCCAGACAAACCGGCCCCCCGGAUGGGGGGGGCCUCGGGGAACUUCAGCUCCCGGAGUG